CAGCCAGGCACAUGCCACUCGCGGUGGUCAGACGAAAAUUCGAUCUCGUUCAAUUUGUCCGACACUUGCACCGAUUCGGAAAGCGAGUUUGACGAACAAGUGCACUCAACACCGUAUCUACCAACGAACUCCAGUGGCACGUACACGAACGAUGAUCACAUUUCCAAGCCUAACGGAAAAGCACUCGAUGCACCGAGAGUAACAUUUAAUCAAACGUUAUAUAUUCACUCUGACAGAAGCCUGAAAUCCUGUUUGCAGAAAGGAUCGAUGCGAAGAGAAAUUGAAAACGGUUUCACACAAAUCGUACGGUUAACGAAAAAGAGAAACUGCUUGAGAGAGAAAAAUGAUCUGAAGAAUAACUAUAGCACGAGAUUCUGUACGUCGCGAUUUCCUACGAAAUGUGAGAAACAAAUAGCGUUGAAAGACAAAAUGUUUCUUGAAGAACGUAUGAAAAAUAGUAGAAACGCGCAGUCAGGUAAAAUUUGAAGGAAAUUUAACUUCUUUUCUUUCUAUAUUAUCUUUGUAACGUGUUUGAUAUAUUCCAAGGCAUACGAAGUAUUCUCCGUGGUACUAAGAGGUCAUACGAUCCCACGAAUAUCGCACAGGACGACAGAAGUAUUUGCAAAAGAAAGAAACUGAUUGAAAAUAGAAUCGUGAAGAAUAGACGUUUGCUAAAGUCUGUAGCAGAAAUGAUACGUGAGAUGAGUCUAGAAAUUCCUCUUCGAAUGGACUUCGAUUCGAUGCAAAGUAUCAAGAAUACAGUUGCAGAGACUGAUCUGACGAGAUUAGAAGGAGAAAAAGUACAAGCGAAAAACCUGAAAAAAAUUGAGAACAGUCAAGCAAUUAAGGUGGAAUUGCAAAGGCCAAUUUUUAAAAAGGCCAACGUGGAAAAAUUGUUGGACGACUCCAUGCGUGAAGCCGUGAAAAAAUAUAGAGCAUGCAGAAAUACGUGGGAUAGUAUAAAAAAAGAACAGUUUAUAAAAGCUUAACAAAAAAAAACAUUUUGUUUACUCCAAAUCAUGAACAUAGAGCAAUAUCGAAGCACACUUAUCGAUUGUCAAUAUCAUCAUCGAAUGGUGUCAUUUUUGAACGAAAGUUUGUCAACUAAAUUGAGAUGUAGAAAGAUUGACGCGACCAAAACAUGUUAAAGUAUAAAAAUAUACAAAUUUGUUAUUGAAAAGAUUCCACGAUGCGACAAAAGAAUGAUUAUGUAACUGUUUCGCAAAACGACAAACAAAUAAGUCAAAACGUAGAUCUCAUUACAAAUUCUAACUAUGGAUUAUCCGACAUCCAAGGAGACUUUAAAAUAUCGAAAAACGGAAAAUAUAAAUUGGAAGACUCGAACAUUGUAAAAACUAUUAAAACGCGCAAAUGGCAAAUUGUGUUAACCUCACCCGAUUGUUCGAUUAAAGAGCACUGUCAAGGUUGGCAGAUAUAUUCAAAAGAUCCAAAGGAAAUCGGAGAAGAAUCAAAGAUAAUUGUAAGAGUUUCCGAUUCUAUAAUGAUUACGAACGUAGAGCCUGUAAGAACCGCGAACGUCGAGAUUCUUUGCAACCGCGAUGAUCUCGACGAUCUACUGGAAGAAGAGGAGAAAGAAAACGUAAACACAUACGGCAAGAUCAUUCUCAGGGAAUACUUGAGUCUUCUCUCCGCUGAGGAUGCAAAGAUCAAUUUCAUUCUGAAGGUUCUGACAAAGGCGGUAAACGAACAUAAAAUUUUCGUGAUUUAUGGCACCUUCCCAGUGCUAAGGAAGCCUCUAGGAAGAAGAAACUGGAUAGAGAAAAGGUUCAUCAGAAGAAUGCUCUCAAUGUCACCGGAAAUCUCGGAAGCUGGCUUGGAAACGAUUGAAAAAUUAUUACGUUAUCCUGCUAAUUUUAUAUGGUCCACUAAUAAAAGAGUAGCGGUUAGAACAGAAGAAAGAACCAUAAUUAAUAAAUUCUCCGGGUGCUAUUUCACAUCAAAGAUCGAUAUGUGCAAUAAUCUAGAAAAUAUUUCUUGGUUCUAUGAAACUGGCGUGUCAAACGUACAAUUUCCACGAUGCUACAAUGUUUAUCAGCCUGUGCAGAUAAAGGAAUUCGUGCAAGAUUUUUACAUCACAGCUUGCAUGGGAAUUCUCAAGUGGUUCUUAUUCUUGGCCAGCAUCGCUGGACCAAAUGCUGUUUGGUCCCAAGACGGCACUGUCCCUAUCAAAGCAGUUUUAUUCGCUCUUGAACGUUGCGCGGAAUACAUAAGCAUCUGCGCGCACGAGGACAUAGAUGGACAGAGUUAUAAAGACAUAUCAAUUUCUAAUUGGAAUCAAUUUUUAUCGUGGUACGAAAGACUUUUGCAUAAACGAGAAAUAUUGGAGAAGAAUGAUGGCAUAGAUAUCGAAGAACUAUUACGAUUCACCGCAAAUAUGAUAAAAGAAAUGAUAGAGUGUCGUCCUCAGAGUCAAAUUGAUGGAAUGCGGAAUGUCUGGAUUUUAAAACCAGGUGACAAGAGCUUGGGUAAAGGUAUAAUUCUUAAGAAUUCAUUGCAAGACAUACUAAGCAAGAUAAAUCAAGCUGCUAAGGAAUGCAUGCAGUAUGUCGUACAAAAGUACAUAGAACGACCUCUACUCGUUUAUAAAACGAAAGUUGAUAUUAGACAGUGGUUCUUAAUAACCAGUACGCAACCUCUUACAGUCUGGAUGUACAAGGAUAUUCUGCUUCGUUUCGCGUCGAAAGAUUUUACUCUCGACAAUUUCCACGAAUCGAUUCAUUUAUGUAACACGACUGUGCAGUUGAAGUACAGAAAGACAAUAAAGCAGAACGCACAGAUACCCAGCGAACUUCACUGGAAUCUUCAGAAAUUCAAGGAAUACUUGAAAAAUACCGACCGAGAAUCAGCAUGGGAGGGACUCAUUAAACCAGGUAUCAAGCAAAAUUUAAUUGGCGCACUUCUGGCAUCCCAAGAAAAUAUGGUCAAUCGAAAAAACAGUUUCCAAUUAUACGGCGCUGAUUUUUUAAUAAUGGAUGACCUGUCGGUCUGGUUAAUCGAAAUAAAUACAAAUCCACGAUUGCAUCCUCCGAGCAGUACUGUUACCGAGGAACUUUAUCCAGAAAUAAUAGAAGAUACUAUUAAAGUGGUUAUAGAUCGUCGUAAAAAUAAAAAAGCUCCUCGUGGUAAGUUCGAGUGCAUCUUCAAACAACGCAGUCCAUUUUACGGGAACGUUCUAGGAAAAGGAGCGAGCCUUGGAAUUCGCGGCAAGGCACUACUUUCAACAGCAAAUUCACCUCGAAAACUAUAAAAAAAAAAACAUCAGCUUUUCAUAUAAAAAAGUAUUCCAGUAGGAUGACAAAGGACAAUUAAAUAAGAUUUAAUAAAAACGUUUAUUUUACAAGUAACAAUGUUUUUAGGUAUACAAUCCUAAAUGAACAGAUCUUUUUUCGAUAUAUCAAUACAUAUCUAUACACAAAUGCGCACAAGAUAUACUGGUUCAAGUCCAAGAUAUAAUGUUGCAUUCAUAUGUUUUGAUGCGUACAAAAUGAUCCAUUCAACAUUGCAUUUGUCUUUUCAUAUUCCUUACUUUAAUUUUGAUUAGAAAGAACAUGUUUACGUCAGUUUUUCUUUAUUUUUUGUUGACAAAACGAAUUCUAUAUUAGGUUCUAAAUGUAUGCAUAUUCCAUUACGAUUCUCGAUUUAGUAUACUAGGGAAACUAGCUCUUCUGUUACUAUUUCCCCGAAAUAGCUUUGUGUAUUAUGUGUUACAAAUGCACAAUAAUUAUCUAUUUACGUAGAAAAUUCUUUUAUGCACUUGCAUAGUUACAAAAUCUAUUUGGUCGUAUUCAUAAUGUGACCAUCUGAAAAUUUUCAACUGUUAUCGAGCUUAAAAACGCGAACGCUAUAAAUACGAUUCACGUUUCUUUAAUAUAUCUAACUGAAAUAAAAUUACUCUUUGUAGAGUAUAAUUACGAAGAAACGACAAUAUAUGAACUGCAUUUGCAAUUUGUAGAACACACCUAACUAGGCUAGACUACACCUUCGUCAAACAGAUCGAGCAUACCUGUACAAAAUGUAUACCGUUAUA